AUGAGUGGGCCCUCGGGAAUGAUGCCUGAGAAUACGUUUGAGGAAACUCUUUCAGAGCUCCACAAUUUAAAGAUCUCCGAGCUCAAGACCAUUUGCAGGUCGAUUGGACUAGUUCGAUCAGGGCGCAAGGCUGACAUCGCCGGCCGCAUAGAGCAGUUUUUCUCCAGUGGAAAGUACCAGGGAGAUAACGCGCGUUUACUUGCGGUUCGAGCGCUCAUAAUGAAAGCAUCAAUAGGACAGGAACUUCCUCCAUACCAGGCACUGUAUGCCACGUAUCGCACCAAUGCCCACACAAUCCAUGUUCCAAACCAGUACACGCCAGCACAACCGUCAGCACAACCGUCAGCGCCGCCGCCUGUUCUCCGACCUACUCCAACUGCUGUGUUCAAGAAAAGCGAUUUCUACAAUCUGAGACAGCGAAUACAUGCAAAUGGAAUGAAUCCUAUUCUUGCACCCCAAAAGAUAAAGGACCGAGGAUGUUGCAGGUUUGUUUUCAACUUGCUUCCAGAAGAAAGACAGCUGCUAGCGAGCAGUCCCCACAUGAGAGUGUGUUUGAUUUCCGCGCAGCGUUCUGUUUCCAUGAGCGAGCAGGAUCUCGAAUUUCCGCAACCGAACGAAAUUACGUUGAACGGUGUAAAGUUGAAGCAAACGGGACGUGGAAUUAAAGGAAAGCCGGGGUCUGCAAAGCCCAUAGACUUGACUGAACACCUGCGAUUGAGCGAGGUUAAUAGAUUGGAUGUGGUGUAUGCGUUCACAAACGUUGAUUUUUGGCUUUAUCUAUAUAUUGUGGAGACAAUACCAGUGGACUCGCUUUUGGACGGGAUUGUCAAGAAGGCGCACAUUUCUGAGCAGCAGACCAUCGACAGCAUCAAGGAGAGACACCAGGAAGACGAUGACGAUCUAAUUCAGACGGAGAAAGAGGUGGUUUCGCUCAUGUGUCCGUGCUCAUUCAUUAAAAUGCGGUACCCGUGCCGAUCGACCAAAUGCCACCAUAUCCAGUGUUUUGACGCGCUUUCGUUUUUGCAAUUGCAGCAGCAGGCUCCGACCUGGCAGUGUCCUGUGUGUUCGUCCAGAAUUGAGCUGCGCGAUCUGGCCUUAGACGACUAUUUUCUAAAAAUAGUGGAGCAAACGGGAGAAGACGACGAAGCCAUUGAAAUCGACGAGCAGGGCAACUGGACCGUGAAGCACGAGACCGAGGAGUCAAGAGAACAAAGUGAGCAGCCCCAGGCCCACGAAAAAAGCGAGGAGCCAGUGGCUGUCAUUAGUCUUGACAGCGAAGAAGAAGAGGAAGACGCACAAGAGGUGCAGAAUAAUGUCCGCAAUGAAACGAAUUUUGCCAUGCAUCAAUGCCGUACGGAAAAUACUGAUGCACUUUCUUUCCAGGUUCCGGAACACCGCGAGGGAACAAAUGAGGCAGAGAAUAUGCAUGCUUUUUCUAUGCCUCCAGCUCCACCACCUCGUGUCUUCGAGGUGAUCAGCCUGGAAUCUGACGACGAGGAAACAGACCUAAACGGCUCUGAACCGUACCCUCCAGAAUCUUCUGAGACUCCGAAUUUCGUCGAGGGACUGGCCCCCCAGGCUCAAAAUUACCAGCCAUCUGAGCCUGCCACAGACGAGCUUGCUAAAAGCUCGGCCGCGCAUUCGGCCGAACAAAAACAAGAGUCUUCGGAGAAAAUUGGUGCGCAGAAUCUUUUCAUGCACGACACUUCCCCUGACGUUGUCGCAAACGGCAGCUCAGAUAUGGGUCCCGGAGAGAGUGAUGGGACGCCGAGUAAUAUGAGCGAUCCCCUGCUAGGUUUUCAUCUACCGUUGUAA